AUGUCUUCCUCUACUCUGCCCUCGGUCGAGCUGGUCUCACCCGGCAUGCUUGAAGCUGCCACCAUCUUGGCUGGACUUCGUCACGCUCGUCCCAGCGAUCCCUUUACGACUCCCACAAGGUCACCUUCCGUCAUCCUCCCUUCGGUUGAGCAGGCCUCACCGAUCGAUGUACACAUGGGAGCUGCUCGUGCUGGACACACCUUCGGCCCUCGCUCCACCGGCGCUCCUUCUCCCUCUGGCAAGCCUCGUCUGCUCAAGCUCAAGAUCAGGCGCCCCAAGAACACCACCGCGGUCGACUCCACUCCCAUUCCCGUGAGCCACGCUGCCGGCCUCCCCAACGCAGAAUCUGGUCGCUCAGGUCUCAAGCUCAAACUGCGUUGCAUCCAAUCCGCCCUUCAUCCUUCUUCACCCACCCCCAUUGCUGGCGCUGGCCAUAAGCGCAAGAUCGAUCAACUCGUCACUCACUCUGAGGGCGACAACGACUCCGAGGCCGACACCAUGCCCCCCAAGCGGCGCAUGAAGCAGACCGCCCAACCUCCUCUGCCCAUAUCCGCGCCCACCAUGAAGCGCAACAAGCGCAUUCUGGACCCGAAGCGGGCUGACCACGCUGCACUCAUCGCCACCUCUGCCAAGGCCGGCAACGAGUACUACGACUCGGACGUGGGCGAUGUCGCUGACGACGUCAAAGACACCACCAAGCCAGAACUGUUCCGAAACGUCACUUGGGGCGCAUACGCCACCGACUACGCCGACGCCGACAACUUCAAGGCCAAUCCUGAGUUCACUCAGUUUGUCCCCGGUCGGUUCGAGCUUCUCGCCGACGGCACCGCGUUCGACCAGAAGCACAAGCUGGUCAUCAAGCUCCUCGACAAGAACGGCAAGAAGCGCAUCUUCGCCAACCCGCCACCGCGCAACUGGGCUUCGCAGGAGGCCAUCACGGCGCUGAACAAGCGCACUGUUCAGCAGAUCCGGCGCAACACCAGCGUCCGGUUCCGUGAGGUUGUGCAGGCCUACGUAGCGGAGGAGCGCAAGUGGAUCCUCGCCAACCUCACCGCCGGCAAGCCCACCAAGGGGUGGAAGGCCUUCGUUGAGGCGUUCAACCAGACCUUCGGCGGCAAGGUUCUCGCGGGUACGGCCGGCGCUCGGCCUUUGAGGAGUCACUCAAGUCUCACCAAGGAGGUGGAGAGAUUUGGAGCUGACUUCUACAUGAAGGGUCGGGUGCCGGUGACGGCCAAGAAGGUGGUCAAGAAGGAGUGA